CGGACGGCCCCGCUCUGCCCCCCGCGCCCUCCCCGGCCUUCCGCGGGGACCUGGUCGGCCUUCUCGACGCCGAGCGCGGGCUGCGCCCCGGGUGCUCCGGAGAAGCGGGUGUAGCCGGCAGCGGACGCCUUCCCCGGCGGCCCCCCGGGGCACCUUGCUCGGGCACCCGGGACGGCCGACUUCACUCUGGCUCCGUCCCUUUGUGUCGGGGCUUCCGCUGCGUCGGGGGGGAAGGUUACGGGCGCUCUGCGGUGCACCCCGUGCUGUCCGGCCCGGCUUCCCUGCAGCUGGCCGGGGACCCCCGGGGAGCGCACGGUGGCGGCCCUGGGUGGUCUCCCCCCGCCCGCCCGCCGUGCAGUCCAGCUGCAGCUGCCCCGGGCCGCGGAGGCGGACAUUGGGCAGUGCGGGCGGGAGGAUCCGCAGAGCUGGCCGCUGAACGGCCUCCCGCGGGCGUCCUGUGCCCCGCCGCCCCGACACUCCGCCGUGCGGGACCGGACCGGCUGUGGCUCCGAGAAGUAGCCCAGCCUCUCCCAGACGCGGAGGCCAGCUUCGCUCCCCGUCGCCUGCAGAGCCCGGUCCCGGGAAGAGAGCUCCCGGUCACAGCUUGCUGGGGGACGCCGGGUCCAAGUGGAGCGGGUCCCAGCCCUGGUCCCUCCUCCGGUGGCCCUCGCCUUGCCUGCACAGGACGUUGACUGUCGUUUGGAAAGAAGAGGAGAAAAGUUCUGCUGCGAGAUGAGGCUUGAUGUCUCAGACACGUCCUGUGCCGGACGUCCUUUCCCAGCUCUGCCCUUUUACAGCUGAAGCUGAAACUCAGGGUGGAUCGUGGGUGAUGACCUCCUUCUAGAAAGAGUGCCGGGUUGUAUCUUGGAAAGAGGGCUGCGAGGUUUCUUUCAGCUUCCGGAGGGAAGGGGUUUCCAGGCAGAGAAAGUUUGUGUAUUUCGUUCCAAGUAACAAAAGUACCUGGAAUGUUUUUUCAAAAUUACUUUUUUUAGUAAUCGCUUAAGGAAAAGUUCAGACAGUGAAGAGGAGGCCACCCCGGUGGGCUGCGGAGCACCCUCCUCAGGAGCUCGGCAGCCUUGCUCGGUCUUCCUGCUUCCCUGUGAUGGGGUAUUUCAAAGACAGUCUGAGCGUGUGACAGGAACUGAGAGAUCACGCUGGUUUGCCUGAAAACCUGUCCCCAGCACGCUUGGUGGCGGCCGAAGAUCGCGGUGACGGGGCAGCUCAGAGCUGAGUCUGUCUCCUGCUCUUCAAGCUCUUCUGCUGGAGUCGGGGUUGCUGGCCAGAGCCUGUGAGAGCAGCUGCAGGAAAGGGAGAGGCCGCUUGCCAUGAACUGCGGGGAGUCUGCCAGGCCAGGGUCCCCUUUUUUGGGGGGGGCACCCUGAUGGGACAGGCACAGUGCCCUUCCCUGGCUCCGCCCACCACAUGGGACCCUCAGUCCUUCGGUCUUCUCCAGUUUCUCUGUAUGGUCAGCCGGUGGUCUGGAGGCUGCUGUUCUCUGACCCGGGGCUGAACCCUGCAUGGCCUGCUUGUCCACUAACAUCGGGGGGUUUUGAGCAAAAUACCAUGACCCGUGAGGAGCUGAUGGGACUGAACUCAGCAAGCCCUUCUGGCUGACUGUGGAGCAGACGGAGGUGUGUAAUACCUGACGCUGUCUUUACCCAGAACUGCGUGGUGAGUCAGGCUCUGCAGUUAGGACAGCCUGGGAAGUGGGACGUCCUGUGUGCUGUGUUCGAAGGGUCGAGCGCCCAGGCCACCGUCCCGGGCUGCCCGAGAAGCGGUGCUUGGAGGGGUCUGUGUGCCCACUUCCGCCGCCUUCUGUGCUGACCGUCCGUGCUCUGCUAACUUUGUCCCAAACACAAAUGUCUGAGGAGGGUGAUCCUCAUCGGCCACCGUGAUCCUUCCUCAGCCUGACCCAUCAUCCCAACGUGGCUCUGGUGACAGCUUGUCGGCUCGUGUCAUUGGAUGUGCUGCCCUGGAGCUACCCCUCCUCAGGGCAUGAUGUUUGCUCGAGGGUUAAAGAGAAAAAGUGCGGAGGAGCCGGAGGACGUGGAAGGCUGCCCGGCCGGUGCCCGGGCCGCGCCCUCCUACAGCCUACAGCGCCAGUCACUCCUGGACAUGUCCCUGGUCAAACUGCAGUUGUGCCACAUGCUGGUGGAGCCCAACCUCUGCCGCUCGGUCCUCAUCGCCAACACAGUGCGGCAGAUCCAGGAGGAGAUGACCCGGGAUGGGACCUGGCGUGUGCUGGCACCGCAGGCGGCAGGGCGGGCGCCGCUGGACCGCCUCGUCUCCACUGACAUCCUGUGCCGCUCCGUGCGGGAGCAGGAGGGAGAGUGCCCUGCCCCUGACAUGGGGGACGGCCAACCAGACCUGGUUCCAGGACCGGCCGUGGCGCCCGCGGCACAGGCGCUGAGGAGCCCGCAGAGCAGCCUCUGGGAAGGGGACGGCUCUCGAGAGAGCAGAGGGGGCUUUCAGAAGUCCCUGGAUCAGAUCUUUGAGACGCUGGAGAGCCAAGCCUCGGGUUCUGUGGAAGAGCUGUUUGCAGAUGUGGACAGCUCCUACUACGACCUGGACGCCGUGCUGACGGGGAUGGUGGGCAGCACCUCAUCGGGCCCCGGCAGUGGGCUCCAGGCCUUCGCCUCUGCUACCACCUCGCCUCCCAGUUCCAGCUGCAGGUCGGAUCUGGGCGAGCUGGACCACGCUGUGGAGAUCCUGGUGGAGACCUGAGCGGGCAGCUGUGCCCUGAUGGGACACGUCAUGGAUGGGUUCCUAAGGCAUCCAGAGUGCUUGGCCUGUGAUGCUCGCUGCCCUGCAUCUGCUGGUUCAGUGCCUGGCUUGUCUGUGAUGAGGAGAACGUUCCAGAACAGCAUCCGGUUGGCCUGUCCCCUUUCUCCCUGAGGGGGCUGGGCAGUUUUCUUUCAGGCUGGUCGUCUGGGCCAGUCUCCCCUCCCGCUGGCUCUGGGCAUCUGCCUCCUCUGUCCUGCUGCCGCUUUGUGGAGGGCUUGACUCACCGGCUCUGUAUCCAGCCUGGUUUUAACUUUAGAUAGGUGAACUUUUUUAAAUUAAGUUUUAUAUGUUUUGGGCAAUAUUUUGUUGUAAGAUAAAUUUUUAAACUUUUUAUACUUUUAUCUUUUUAGAUUUUUUCAGCUAUUUUCUUAAAAGUCUAUUUUUUCUAUAAACGUUUUCUGCUGCUACAUUAGAAACUUACAACCUAAACAGUUGCAGUUGGUGUAUUUCUUUUUUUAAGGUUUAAAUAAGGACUUUUUUUACAGGAAGCUUCACUCCAUGUGGUGUACUUAGAUCAUGAAUUUCCACGUGACGCUGGUGUGAACCUUCUGUCCUGUGACAGUCAGGGCACCUUGCACAGCCCCAUCUUCUAUUCUUGGGUGUCAUGACCAGAUCUGCUGUGCCAGCUCUGUCUUUGUCUGAGUUCUAUCGGGAUUUCUGAAGGUUUUAUUUAUGCCUGUUUAUAUGUAUGUGUUGGAGGUGAAGGUCAGAUCCUGUCUACCGGAAGAUCGGAAGAUCACAGCCACCCCAGGUGUCUCCGGCGGUGCCUUCAGAGGAUCUGACUCUCUGGGCCCCUCGUGUAGUUUUCCCAGCACAAGGGGCCUCUCCCUGGAAGACGCUGCCCUCCAGCGUCCCUCACCACUGUAGAGGGUCCCCGGCUUGUAUGGACAUUAAUCAAGGGAAACCUCACUAAAAUGGAGUGCGGAGGCCCGAACUGGGGGCCCUCACUUUGUCCCACUGGACAUCAAGGAUUGUCAGUCACAGACCCAGCAGAAGAAUCCUUGGCAGGAAAGACUCAGUUUCGGGCCCCACCAGAAAAGGUGCACAUUGCCUCUCCCACCAGGAAGUACCAGCCCCAGUGCCGCAAGCCAGAGACAAGCCCUCAUCAUCAAGGACUCCUGCUUCUUUCCAGUGGGCUUCCAUUCCAAACAGCCCUUCCAGCUUUCUCCUUUUUCCAUAAAUAAUGUUCCUCUUGUUUGUUUGUUGGACUUGCCUAUGGUUCUGCCCUAGCACGUUGCAGUUCUGUCAUUACUGAAUAAACCCAUUUCACUGGUGAAAAGGUCAACACUAACGUGGCCACUGGGCGGGCGUGCUCGGAGGCUGCCGUAUGCUGGUGUGUGCGGAUAGGGCACUGGACUGGAGAAGGCCCACACUUGCUCUGUGACACUGGUGCUGGGACAGAACCAAGAGGUUAAGUCCAGAUUAAAUCUGGACACUUGUCCCAUAUGACUUCUCAAUCCUGAAGGUGUUUGAUGGUGGGGUUGGUGGAGCAGUGCCGCUGAAGUGAGCUUUGGGGUACCUGCCCUGCUCCCUGUGACCCUGCCCUGGACGCUGGGAACACCCACACGUUUUUUAUUUUUUUCACAGGUUUAGAAGUGAGCCGUGCGGGCCCUGCCCAGCUCCUGCUUCUCCUGCUUUUUCUUCUUUACCCAGCCCUUAGCCAAAACGGUCUGUUUUCUUUCCUGCAUAAGACCUUUCUCUUGUAUCAGCCAUGUACACAUUACUUAAUUAAAAAUUACCAAGCAAGCAAAA